CCAACAACACACACCGCUCACUGUUGGAAGUUGCAUUUGAAGGGCACACAACAAUUUGCCGAGAUACAAGGCAGCUGCCUACGAAAAACAAUGAUGGAGAACUCAUUAUAGCAUCUUUGAAUUGUUUUUAAUUUAACCAAGGCGGACGCUUUAUCCCUAUUUAGCUAACAAUCGUCAAACUGGAGCGAGCUGAAGGAAGAAAGGGCAGAUUGUCCCCGGGACUGAGGGCAUUUGGGAUCUAGUAAACUCAGGAAAAAUGAAAUUCGCUCAGUUUUUGCUGAAAAAUAGCUCCGUGGCUGGCAUACCGAAACAAGUGGAGAGGUUUGCUAAGUUCUCCCCCUCUCCAUUGUCUAUGAAGCAAUUCAUUGACUUUGGCUCAGCCAAUGCAUGUGAGAAGACCUCUUUUGUGUUCCUGCGGCAGGAGCUUCCUGUCAGGCUGGCCAACAUCAUGAAAGAAAUUGACUUCCUCCCUGACAAGCUUCUCAGCACUCCAUCCCUAAAGCUCCUCAUCAGCUGGUAUUCACAGAGUUUGUUGGAGAUUGUAGAUUUUCUUGAAAAGAAUCCAGAUGAUAAGGAGGUCCUGACAAAAUUCACACAGACUCUGGUAAACGUCCGGAAUCGCCACAACGACGUGGUGCCCACCAUGGCUCAGGGUGUGGUGGAGUACAAGGAUGCGUUUGGCGUGGACCCCGUCACCAACCAGAACGUCCAGUACUUCCUGGACCGCUUCUACAUGAGCCGGAUCUCCACACGCAUGCUCAUGAACCAGCACACAUUAAUCUUCGAAGGCAGCGUCAAUUUGUCUCUAAACCCAGCCCAUCCCAAACAUAUUGGCAGCAUCGACCCCAGCUGUGACGUGGUGGAGGUGAUAAAAGAUGCCUACGAGACUUCAAAAAUGCUGUGUGAGCAGUAUUACCUGACCUCUCCUGACAUGGAGAUCAUAGAAGUCAAUUCCAAAAACCCUAACCAGCCCCUCCACAUUGUCUAUGUGCCGUCCCAUCUCUACCAUAUGCUGUUUGAGCUGUUUAAGAACGCCAUGAGAGCUACAGUGGAGACCCACGAGACGAGCAUCACGCUGCCCCCGAUCAAAGUGCGCGUCUCACUGGGAACUGAGGAUCUCACUAUCAAGAUGUCUGACAAAGGAGGGGGAGUCCCUCUGAGGAAGAUCGAGCGUCUGUUCAGCUACAUGUACUCCACGGCUCCGAGUCCAGUCCACGAAGACAACUCACGCAAUGCACCACUGGCUGGUUUUGGCUACGGCCUGCCCAUCUCCCGUCUGUAUGCCAAGUACUUCCAGGGAGACCUGCAGCUCUACUCUAUGGAGGGCUACGGCACCUCAGCUGUUAUAUACCUGAAGGCCCUGUCCUCAGAGUCAGUGGAGAGACUCCCUGUUUUCAACAAGUCAGCCUUAAGGCAUUACCAGACGAGCAUAGAGGCUGACGACUGGUGCAUGCCCAGCAAGGAUCCAAAGCAGCUGGGCAAUUCCAAGAGGAUAGUCUAAAAUAGUAUGAAUAAUAUAAUUGAGAUGAAAAGGGUCCAUGUUUGAAGAGAUGGAUUAACUUGUGGUGUAAGUGGGAGAAAACAAAUGCUGCUGGACCUGGACGUCUGUGUGUGGAAACUGGAUUCCCUUUCUCACAGAGAGAAGCCUAGUUGGGGAAGAAUGCUCAUCAUUUGUGCCAAUAAUUAGAUUGUAAAUAAAUAACUGAGCUGAACUAUUACUACCAGCCUGCGGGCAAUUUAAUUACAUUUAUUGCAACGAUUACGUCCAGCAAAUGGGAAUUGAAAAGUAUUAAUCUCCCUCAGCCUUCCUCAUUACCCUCAGUUAUAAUAACAUGGUUACACUAUGAAGCCAGCAUGGUGUUUGUGUUUAUGCCAGUUAUUAUCUUUCAAAAUGUAUAAUUUCCCAAUCUAAAGCUAGGAUAAUGUUUUUUGGUUAAGUUGUGUUUUUGAGUUAAGUAAAUGUGUACCUAUGCCUAGAGAAACCCAACCAAAGCCAGCAGCAGCGAGGUCACUUGGACUGCAGCACGAACACAAAGAGAUCAAAGUCUUUUCCAGCACUUUUUUGGUUAUGUCGGCAUGUUAGUCCUUCAUAACCUGCAGCAUUGCUUCACACGGACAACUUCUGCAUUUCAUUGCAGGUCAGUUUUUCAUCCAACCACAGCAUUUAGAGACACUAUUCAAAUAAUUUGCUCUGGUUAUGCAUGCUGUAAAAUUAUAUUAAUGUAAAAUAAAUUGUAAAAUCUUUUAGCUCCUUCGAUAUGAGAUGUAAACAUACUUGAUGGAGGUUGAGCGAAAGGAGAAAGUGCCUUUUUGGAGAGGUGGAACACAGUAUUGCAAAAUAUGUAGGUAAUAUGUUGAAUGUAACUGUGAAUAAUUAUAUUUUAACUUUAAAACUGCCAGGUUAACAUAACCUACAUAAUAAUAACUCCCCUUCUGUUGAAACUGGUGUGUAGUCAAUUGCAUUAUACACACUUGUAAACGCUUUUCCAAUAAUAUUUUUAGUGUUUUUCUAAUAGUAAAACUAAACAGUAUAUAUCUGGUCCUUGGAUAAUAUCAAUAAGUGUUUUGGUGCAUGUAUUGUAUGUUUUAGUGACUUAAGGUGUUAAGGCCUGUGUAAAUGAUUGCAAAGUGUAGCAUGCAUUACAGAGGUCAAGCUAUAUGUACGCUGUGUUGAUAUAAUAGAUGUUUCCUUAUGUUUCUAAUCAUGUACUAAACUGUACUUCUCAGUUCAUUCUUUGCCAAGUUUGUAGUGUUUAGAAUUGCCUUGUUGAAUAAAAAUCCCUAAUUUAAGA